AUGGCUGAGGAGAAGAGCUUUCGUUAUGGGUUCAUCAUGCUGGGUUUCUUCCUGGUGAUGACGGGCAUGUUCAUCAUGAGCGUGGAAAAACCCCAGAUCUACAUCACCUUCUGUGCCCUGGGCGUCCUGCUUGUAGCCGUGGGCAUCACCUGGAGCAUGUGCCAGUGCUACCCGAAGAUAACGUUUGUCCCCGUGGACCCCGAGGCUGAGCAGUUCCUGGACCACAAACCUGUCGUGCUGAUGGAGAGGGACACCUGCUUGCAGGCGCCCUGCCCCAGCCGAGAGGCCACCAGCGCCUACGAGAAGAGCCUGCCGUCCUUCGAGCAGCUCCCGAGGGGCUCGGCCCCAGGGGACGCCCCGCUGGCAUCCCUCCUGGAGGACAUGGACACACCGUCGCUGGUGGGCUCGGUGCCUGCGAGCCCUGUGCCACGGGGCCGGUCCCCACCAUCUGCCACCUGCUCCAGCUGCACCCUGACCAGCUCCACGGUGGGAGGACAGCACCCCGGCUCCCCCCACGGAGGUGCCAGGGAGGAUGACCUCUACUACGGGCUCCAGGAAGGGUCGGGUGCUCUGCUCGAGGACAGCGAGCACCUUUUUGAGCCUGAAAACUGA